UUGCUCACUCCACUUUCUUCACUCUCGUGCGUGCUCUCUCUCUUUCUUUUUUUCUCUCUCUCGAACAACGGAAAAAUAGGCACAGCUUAGCUCUGCUGCAUUGGGCGAUGGAGGCCCUUACAACUUUGUCGCCGAAGAUUUUUGCAGAAAACUACACUAGCGGAGCAUACUUGUCUUCAAGAACCAUUUCUAAUAGUUCACAAAUUCGUUUCUUUGGGGUUCAGAAACUCGUUAAUCUUGAUUGCUCACUUUCGUUUCCUCUGCAAUUUAAGGCAAUUGAGUCUGUUGCAUCCUCAUGUUUCUCAUCGGAAGCAAAGGUGAGCUGGGAGACUGUAGACGAUCAGUCUCAAGCAAGUCAGUCAAAGACUGUUCAUGUGAAAUUUCAAUUACAGAAGGAGUGUAUGUUUGGUCAGAGGUUCCUCCUUGUUGGUGAUGAUUCUGUCUUUGGUUUGUGGGACCCUUCAAAUGCUAUACCGCUGGAAUGGUCAGAUGGACAUAUUUGGACGGUUGAGCUGGAUCUACCUGUUGGAAAGUCUGUACAAUUCAAGUUUCUUCUUGAAGGAAUCACUGGAGAGGUUGUGUGGCAACCAGGCGCAGACCGGCUUUUGCAGACUUGGGAAACUAAGAACACUAUCAUUGUUUCAGAAGAUUGGGAAAAUGCUGAUAUUCAAAAAGUAACAGAGGAGCCAAUGAUUAACCCAAUCAUGGAACCAGUUGCUACAAAAGGGGUGGAUAAUGUAAAUGAGGGAUUGACUGUUGUGGAGAACAUUUGUUGUCCAAAAGAGGAACCUAUGGGUAGUGCAAGCAGUGAAUUGAUUGCUUCAGAGUAUACUAAUCCGAAAGAAGAUCCUGUAGUUACUGUAGAAAAUACAUUAGUUGUUGCAGAGAACAUUACUUAUCCAAAAGAGUACACAGCUGAUUUUGACAAGGAAUUACAAACCGUAGAGAAAAUUACUCCUUCACAACAAGAAAGCAUUUCAAGUGCAGACAAGGAACUCAUCAUUGCCCAGAGCAUAACUCAAAGUAAUGGGGGAGUUUUAAGUUCGAAAUAUGAGAACCACGGUGUUUAUGAAGGAGGUCCUGUUCUGGUACCUGGCUUGAGUCCAUUACCAACAAUGACAACUCAAGAUUCUUAUCCACAGAAAGUUGAGAAAGUCAACAAUACUGAUGUCCCUGUACAAGCUGGUGAAGCUGAUGACAACAGUGCAACUGAGUUACCUCAGAAGCAAGAACCCGCCGAGGUUACAUGUCAGGAAGAAAGAAAUAUGAUGAUGACAAGUAAUGGGCCGGAGGUAGAGUUGCAUGUCGAUGGGUUUGCAGAAAAACCUCAAUUAACCAACGAGGAAGAGGAGUCCUGUUUGCAGCCAACUGAUGAUGAUGAUGAUGAUGAUAUUGUGCAGAAUGACGUUGAAUGGGGUCGCAAAACACUACGCAAGUUUCUAUCGACUUUGGGUUUUCUGUAGCUAUCGUAAGUCUGAACUGCAAUUGCAAAAGAACCUCCACCAUUUUACAUGACGACAUGGACAUUCUGGGUUUGCAAACAGAACAAGAAAAUGAAGUAAUAUGGAUGUGGCUAUCUGUAAAUAUUGCUUUCAACCUUCAGGUCAAUCAUGGCUGUUGGUAUUCAUUUUCUUUUCUGUAGGUUGUUGUAUGACAUUCUUUC